AUGGACUCCUACUCUUUUGCUCACAAUUUCUCACCAGAUCGCGGUGGCACCUUCACGGAUGUGCACGCUUACAUGCCCGGCUCUGAUGAGCCAGAGAUGGUAUUCAAACUUCUUUCAGUAGACCCGAGAAACUACAAAGAUGCACCGACCGAAGGUAUUCGACGCGUCCUGGCACAUUAUAGAGGGGCUCCAGUAUCCCGCGAUGAGCCCCUCGACAUCUGCGACGUUGAAUCAGUUCGUAUGGGAACGACUGUGGCGACGAACGCCCUACUGGAACGACAAGGCGAGCGCGUAGCGUUCCUGACAACGAAGGGCUUCCGAGAUUUACUCGUAAUCGGCAACCAGGCCCGGCCGCACAUUUUUGAUUUGAGUAUCCAUAAGUUGCAGAGCCUGUAUGAGAAGGUUGUCGAGAUUGACGAGCGCGUGACGAUGGAGGAGUUUUUGGAGAAUCCGGAGAAACAGCCUAUUGAUAUUGAAAGCGAUCCCGAGCUCGUGAAGGGGUUGACGGGCGAGCCGGUUCGAGUUCUCAAGAAGCCUGAGUUAGAGGUUGUGGCAAGUCAGUUGAAGGACUUGAAGGCUGAGGGGUUCAAGAGUGUUGCGGUUUGCUUCAUCCACUCCUAUCUCUAUCCCAAUCAUGAGGAUGAGGUAGCGGAGCUUGCGCGAUCUAUGGGUUUCGACGUUUCCGUGUCUUCUGAACUGCAGCCGACGAUCAAGAUGGUAUCCCGAGGAAACUCCGCAAAUGCCGACGCAUAUCUCUCCCCUCUUAUCCGCCGCUACGUCCGCGACUUUGGCAGCGGGUUUAAAGGCGGCCUAGACGCCAUCGCGGGCAAGCUCCUCUUCAUGCAAAGCGACGGCGGGCUCUGUCUCUGGCAGAACUUCUCUGGUCUGCGCGCCAUUCUAUCCGGCCCCGCUGGCGGCGUUAUUGGUUUCGGCAAGUCUUGUUAUGACUCCGAGAGCAAGAUGCCGGUGAUUGGUUUCGAUAUGGGCGGUACUUCGACGGACGUCAGUCGCUUUUCGGGUACAUAUGAUCAUGUAUUCGAAACGGAGACAGCUGAGGUCACGUUGCAGACACCACAGUUGGACAUCAAUACUGUUGCUGCUGGUGGCGGCUCGAUUCUGCAUUGGAAAAAUGGGCUGUUUGCGAUCGGACCAGACUCUGCCGGCGCCCAUCCAGGACCUGUAUGCUACCGCAAAGGCGGGCCCCUUACGGUCACCGACGCAAACCUCUUCCUGGGUCGUCUACGUCCCGAAUACUUCCCUUCCAUCUUCGGACCAAAGGAAAACGAACCCUUAGACUACGACGCAGCGGCCGCAGCUUUCCACAUUCUCACCGAGAAGAUCAACGCCGAAGAGGGAAAGUCGUUCACGCCGGAAGAGGUCGCCAGCGGCUUCCUCCGCGUCGCCAACGAGAGCAUGAGCAGACCGAUACGCUCGCUCACAGAAGGCAGAGGCAUUCGCACGUCAGAUCAUGUUCUAGCCACUUUCGGAGGCGCUGGCGGGCAACAUGCGUGUGACGUUGCUGGAGCGCUGGGCGUAGAGCGCGUCGUCAUUCACCGGCUAUCGUCCAUUUUAUCAGCGUACGGCAUGGCGCUGGCUGAUUUGACGCAUGAGAUCCAGCGUCCCAAGGCGGCUGAGCUUUUUGACCUCUCCGAUAAGCAGCUGGCAGAGGAGUUCAAGAUUUUGACGGACGAAGCUACCGCGACACUGGUCGCCCAGGGGUUCUCAGAUGAACAGAUCGAGCACGAGCUGUUCCUCAACCUUCGGUACAAGGGAACCAACAGCUCGCUCAUGAUCCGGAAGCCCGAGGAGUCAUGGGAUUUCACUCGUGAAUUUGUCGAGCACCAUGAGGAGGAGUUCGGCUUCGUUUUGGACCGCGACAUCCUGGUGGAGGAUAUUCGAGUCCGCGCGCUUGGAAAGACACCCGACUCCAACGUGACCAGCGUAUCGCAAGCUCUGAAGUCUGUUAAGACGAAGCUGGUAGAGAGUGACAAGAAGAUCAGCACUACGAAGCUGUACACGAGUGGCAAGUGGCAUGAGGUCGACCUCUUCAAGUUCGGAAAUCUUGCGCCGGGUGAGCGGGUCGUUGGUCCGGCAAUCAUCCUGGACCAGACUCAGACCAUUAUGAUCCAGCCGUCUUGGACUGCGACGGUACUUCCCCGUCACCUACUUCUCGACAAGGAUUCAGUUUCGCAAGGCUCCGUCGGUCUUCCAGUCGAGACGGCUGAGGUCGACCCAAUUCAGCUAUCAGUAUUCGGUCACCGGUUCAUGAGCAUAGCGGAGCAGAUGGGCAGGUCACUGCAGAUGACUUCGGUCUCCGUCAACAUCAAGGAGAGGCUGGACUACUCUUGCGCCAUAUUCUCUCCCACAGGUGGUCUGGUGGCCAACGCGCCGCAUAUCCCGUGUCACUUAGGCGCCAUGAGCUAUGCGGUGGCAUACCAGGCCGAGCGCUGGGGUAAUUCCCUUCGACCUGGAGAUGUAUUAGUCUCCAACCACCCGGCCGCCGGCGGAUCUCACCUCCCUGACAUGACGGUAAUCUCACCAGUGAUCGAUGAAAACACCAACGAGGUCCUCUUUUGGACAGCUUCUCGAGCUCACCAUGCUGACAUUGGCGGCAUCUCUGCUGGUUCCAUGCCGCCGCAUUCCAAGGAGAUCUGGCAGGAGGGAGCUUCGUUCCUGUCCUUCAAGCUGGUGGACGGGGGUAGAUUCGACGAGGAAGGUCUUGCUGAGAUCAUGCUAAAGAAGCCGGCGUCGUACCCUGGUUCUUCUGGAACAAGGACGUGGAAUGACAACGUGAGCGAUCUGAAGGCACAGAUAGCUGCCAAUCAGAAGGGCAUCAGACUCAUUCAGGACUCCAUCAAGGAAUACGGUCUACCUACGGUUCAGAAAUACAUGCUCGGAAUCCAGGACAACGCCGAGAAGGUGGUCCGAAACCUUCUCCGCCAAGUCCACGACCAGUUCGGUGGUCUCCCACUCGAGGCCGAGGACCAGAUGGACGAUGGAUCGAAGCUCAAGCUCAAGAUCCGCAUCAAUCGCGAAGAGGGCUCUGCCGUCUUUAAUUUCACAGGGACCAGUCGGGAGAUGUACGGUAACCUCAACGCACCCCGCGCCAUUACCUUUAGCGCCAUCAUCUAUGUCUUGCGUUCGCUAGUCAAGGAGGACAUUCCGUUGAACCAGGGUUGCUUGGCACCCAUCAACGUCAUCAUACCCUCUGGGACGAUUAUAUCACCUUCCUUGGGUGCUGCUACAGUCGGUGGGAAUGUCGAAACGUCACAGAGAGUAACGGAUGUGGUGUUGAGAGCCUUCCAAGCUGCAGCGGCUAGCCAGGGAACGUGUAAUAACUUGACUUUUGGGUAUGGAGGUGAGAUGGUCGAUGGGAAAGCAAAGCCUGGGUUCGGAUACUACGAGACCAUCGCGGGCGGUGCCGGUGCAGGACCGAGCUGGGAAGGCCAAUCUGGCGUACACGUCCACAUGACCAACACUAGAAUCACGGACCCGGAGUCCCUGGAGCGUCGAUACCCGUGUAUUCUCCGCGAAUUCGGUAUUCGACGUGGGUCAGGCGGCCGAGGCAAGUAUAACGGAGGAGACGGUUGCAUCCGCGAGAUCGAGUUUCGUCGAGACUUGCACGUCAGUGUGCUCAGUGAGAGGCGGACGGUUCCUCCUUACGGUCUAGCUGGAGGCGAACCUGGAGCUCUCGGCGAGAACGUGUGGGUUCGGCAUGACGAGUACGGGACACGGGAGAUCAACCUCGGCGGGAAGAACAGUUGCGAGAUGAAGAAGGGAGAUCGGAUCAUCAUCAGUGAGUGUGGUUCAUCGAUGUCGGGAUUAUCGGCUUGCUAACAGCUCGGUCAUAGGGAGUCCAGGUGGAGGUGCAUACGGUGCCUUGUGAAGGCGUCGCUGUUCUUGAGAAUGAUACGAUGGUGUUUUUAUGGUGGGCCGGUCGUUCGUCGUUUCCAAAACCAGGCCUGAUGAGGGCGAGGUUGGCU